CUGGUGUGGGAGCGAGAGCAGGAGAGGGAUAACGGUACGUAGAGGAACAGGGAUGUACACCAAACACAGACAGAAAAACGCCAGGAUAAACCCAAAACAAUGCGUGCAUUAUCUAAGAUUAUUUCUACAACUGCUACUACUGAACAUUUUACUGGAAACUGUGAAAGGGGAUCUUAUAAAUCAAGGGGAUUCCAGAGGAGAAGUGGUCAUUCCUUACUGGCUCUCCAGAGGUCGGGCAAAACGAGCCAUUGGUGCAGAAUUGCAGGUGCAGCACCCAGCCAGGGGAGAGAUAUCGGUGUGGGCUGAGGGCCGAGAGCUGGUGAUCGAGCUUGAACGCAAUUAUCAGCUGCUGGGCCAAGAUUUUACAGAGACCCAUUAUACUGAGGAUGGGGUAGAAGUGACAAUCUCGCCAAAUUGCACAGACCAUUGCUUCUACCAUGGCCAGGUGAGAGGACACACCGACUCGUGGGUGGCUCUGAGUACCUGCAUUGGAGUCAGAGGCCUCAUUGUUCUAAAUGCAAACAACAGCUAUUACCUUGAACCAAUGGGAGAGCGGGAUACGGCAGGUCACAUGAUCUACCGGACAGAGCAUCUCCCAGUGAGGGGAGGGACCUGUGGACAUGACCACAGCUCUCCAGAGUCAGGGAGCAACACGGUGGACAUCGCUCAUCUUAUUAAGCCCUUGCAUCAAAGGGUACGAAGGAAUGCCUGGAGCACCACCAAGUACAUGGAGCUUUUCAUUGUUGCUGACAAUACUUUGUAUCAAAAACAAAAUCAAGACUACAGCAAAACGAGGCAAAGAAUCAUGGAAAUUGCUAACUACGUUGAUAAGUUUUACAGGGCACUGAACAUCCGUGUGCCCCUUAUCGGGCUGGAGGUCUGGACGAAGGGAGACCAGUGCAAAGUGAGCGACGAGCCCAACGCCACCCUCUGGUCCUUCCUUCAGUGGAGACAGAAACUGAAGGCACGCAAGAGACAUGACAAUGCUCAAUUGCUCACGGGUGUCGUGUUCAAAGGUACGACCAUCGGCAUGGCUCCCCUGGAAGGGAUGUGUAGCCACGAGAAUUCAGGAGGCAUCAAUGUGGACCACUCAGAGGCUGCUAUUGGUGCGGCUGCCACAAUGGCCCAUGAGAUCGGACACAACUUCGGGAUGAGCCACGACAACGAGGGCUGCUGUGUGGAGGCCUCGCCCGAGCAGGGAGGCUGUGUUAUGGCUGCAGCUACUGGGCACCCCUUCCCCCGUGUGUUCAGUGCCUGCAGUAAGAAGGACCUGGCCAGCUACUUCCAGAAGGGAGGGGGGAUGUGUCUCUUCAACAUGCCCAACAUGAAGGACCUGGUUGGGGGGAAGCGCUGUGGGAACGGCUUUGUAGAGGAUGGAGAGGAGUGUGACUGCGGAGAGCCCGAGGAAUGCACCAGCUCCUGCUGUAAUGCCAACAACUGCACUCUGAAGGCAGAAGCUCAGUGCGCCCACGGGGUCUGCUGUGAGGGCUGCCAGCUGAAGCAGGCUGGUACGAUGUGCAGAGAGCCUGCUGGAUCAUGUGACCUCCCUGAGUACUGCACUGGCGCCUCCCCCUACUGCCCCUCCAACGUCUACCUCCUGGACGGCACCUCCUGCCUGUACAGCCGUGCCUACUGCCACAACGGCAUGUGCCUCACCCACGAGCAGCAGUGCGUCCAGCUCUGGGGAUAUGGUGCGUGGCCGGCUCCUGCCGCUUGCUUUCAGGACGUGAACGCUGCAGGGAAUGCCUAUGGGAACUGCGGGAAGGACAGCCUGGGAAAUUACGUGAAGUGUGGCAGGAGUGACGCCAUAUGUGGUAAGAUUCAAUGCCAGAGCGCUGCAAAGAAGCCCAAGGGGACCAAUGCCGUUUCCAUAGACACCACCAUCCGCUUCAACGGGCGGGAGGUGAAGUGCCGCGGAACCUUUGUGUACGCCACACAGGAUGGGGAGGGGGAUCUGCCUGAUCCAGGGCUGGUCAUGACCGGGACCAAGUGUGGGGAAGGGAAGGUAUGCCGAGAUCGAAGGUGCCAGAAUGCGUCUUUCAGUGAACUGGAUGUCUGUGUCUCUAAGUGCCACGGCCAUGGGGUUUGUAACAGCAACAAGAACUGCCACUGCAAUGCAGGCUGGGCCCCUCCAUUCUGUGAUAAGCCUGGCCUCGGGGGGAGCAUAGACAGCGGGCCUGUGCAGAACGACGGUCAGCAGGGUCUUGUGGCUGGGCUGCUCUUUGCCUUCCUGGUGCUCCUGCCUGGAGUUCUGGGAAUGUUCUACUGCUGGAAAAUCAAGACGUCCCCCUUUCAUAAGUGGCGGGCCCGGAGGAACCAGAACACUCAGACGUCAAGAAAUGAGGUGUAUGAUCAGAAACCAAAAAAUGGUCACCUGAACCCUGCUUUUCAUCUGAAGACCAUCGGAUUGUCUAACAAACCCAGCAACGCAAAGAAGCCGUCCCACCCGAGUCGAGAGGUCCUGCCCUUGAGGUCGGGGCCGGUGCCAAACAGAUCCCAGCCUGUAAACAUUGUGCGCCCCCUGCGUCCUGCGCCCACCCCGGACAUCCACUCCGGACACCCACUCCAGACAUCCACCCCCGACAUCCAGAGGAACCUCAAAGAGCACCGGCCCGUGAAGCCACCCGCCCCUGCACAGAAAUCAUCCAGCCUGGCUGAGAAACUGAUACCUCCAAAGAAACCUCUGCCCGUCCACCCCACGAGGACACCCUUGCUGGUGUGCGGCAGGCAGCCGAGGGGCUCUCCAACCCCACCUCAGAGGCCCCUGCCCCUGAACCCCUCCACAGGGCCGACGAGGCGGGGCGGGAACGAGAUGCUGGUGAUGGUGCCGCCGGUGAGCAACAAUCCCGUCGGGAAAGCUGCUGUAAUCCCUCCAGCAAAACCACUCAAGCCUGUACCAGGUGCGAAACCUAACACAGCCUCAUUCCCAUUUCGCAAAUGACCCGAGGAGAAAAAUGAUGGGACUACAAUCGUCUUUUUUUUUUUUUUUUUUUUAAUUGUUUGAUUUUUUAAGUGAGACUAUUUGCACUACACAGUACCGUGUAUGUAGGCAGGGCUAGGAGCUCAUCCAGCUGUCCAGCCGUCAUGUUUAACUCAUGAUGUGAAUGCCGGGACCAGCACUGGAGGCUCCAUGCUCGAUCUCCAGAAACCUGGGGACUGCGGUCACCGCCUCCCUCCUGCCCAUCCUACACAAGAUGACGUGGUUGUGCACGAAGAAAUGCAAACUGAGAUUAGAUGAAAACAUGAGGGGGGAAAUAGGCCUUCUCAAAUCCAUCGGCCCAUCAUAUCUGUGCAUUAUUAGCAUUGUUUAUUAUUGUUACUGUUAGAGUAUUUUGUAAGCAUAAUGUGCCAAAUAUUUUCAUUUAUUUUUGCUUAAAUUAUGACUGUAAAAGUUUUUUUUUUCUUUCAUUAAAAAACACCUUUACCAAAAAAAGUCUGACCCCCCAUAAACCUAACAGCUCACUAUUAACAAGGGAAGUUACAGCCUUGUCCGAUUGGGUUCAGACAAGGGUUGUAUACUUUUAAAAGUUCCUAAAAGUUAUACAAGCUGAUUAUGCAUACAAUUGCCAUUACUCUAAUAAAUGUGGAACCCUUAAGGUACAGUUUUUUUUGUAAGACUUGCCCGAUAAGACACAUCUUAUCUUGUGCAGCAACCUUGAGGUAAUAUACUGUGUAAUAUUGCAGAAUAGAAAAAUGUCUUAUUCUGCAAAGACAUCUCAUGAGACAACAGCCUGUCGUCUCGCUAAAUGACUGUCAGACUUAUCCAGCACUUGAAAUACCAGUUUGCUAUUAGUUAGUUUUAUUAAUUAAAAAAAAAUCUAAUUGUUCGCAAAUUAUGCUGCAUUGCUAAAUUCAGUUGUUUUAAACAUACUUUUUCAUUGCAUUGUACUUGCUAUAUAAAAAUAACACACUGUGAACAUUCAGAGUGCUGUGGUUAUUUCAGUCAUGAGGAUAGAUGUAAACAAUGCACUCUUCAGGGUCUUCAGCUAUCCUCAUUCGAAGAAAAAUGACAGUACGCUGAACGUUCAUGGUGAAUUACUCUACAUGUGUUCCACAAGUAGGCUUUCAGUGGCAUUCCCUCUUUUUACUGCACUAGCAGAUUAGAUAUUUAAAGGUAUUGUUUACUUGCUGUCCCACAAGCCACAGAUUCUGCACAGCACUAUUUACCUAUAUACCAGUAAAGCACUUUCUAUUGGGCUGUUAAUGACUUUACAUAGACUCAUGCCGUGAUAUUUCAGUCUUGAGUGUGAUGCUGGAAUCGGAACUGUUUUUGUUUAUAUAUUGAAAAUAAACGUAGUUCAAAGUCAUAUUGGGGUUAUGUUUCCCAAUGCCAAUGAGUGCCAUUACAGAUGCACAAUUCUUUGUCAAUAAAAGUGUAACAGUGAUGAUCCUUGUACCCAAGCUGAUUAAUGUGGAUAAAAAUAUAUACAUUUGUGUUUAAAAAUGAUAUACCUGGCUCCCAAGUGGCGCAUCCAGUAAAAGCACUCGCUAGAGUUGCAGGAUGCGCUUUAUAGCCUGGACGUUGCGAGUUCGAGUCCAGGCUAUUCCACAGCCGACCGUGGACGGGAGCUCCCAGGGGGCGGUGUCGCCCGGGGGGAGGGAGGGUUAGGUCGGCCAGGGUGUCCUCGGCUCACCGCGCACAUAUUUUAAAUAAUAAUACAAAAUACACACAGGGGCGAGGUGUACCCCGUCACAUGGAGGUAAGCUAUUGUAAAGACAUAGGGCCUAUAUUUAAACGGUUUUAUAAUUAUAAAUGUUAAAAAAUUAACAGAUAUCGCUUACAUGUUGUAUUUGACAAAAAUGAAUACAAAGAAUAAUGUAGCAUUAUAUUGUGUGCUUGACAGCAAUUUAUACAUUUGUUUACAACAGUCACACAAAAAUAACAUGCUGAACUUGUACUACUAUACAUUAACUAUCAUCAACAAUGUUUGUUACAUUUUUAUUUUAAGCAUACACUGGUUAAAAAUGCAGCACAUCUUAAAUUGUUCACUUAAUCAGAAUAAAGAGAGUCAUAUUAAAAUUUCCGUUUACAAAAUUCAGUCAAACUUGAAUUUGUUACUUAACAAAAAUAUGGACAGUAAUCAAUUUCUGCUUCAAAAUGCCGCCAAAUACACCCACAACCAAUGCAGAUUAAGCAAGAUAAACAAAAAUUAUAAAAGGCCAUUUUGAAGUACAUAGUGUAAUAAUAAUAAUAAUAAUAAUAAUAAUAAUAAUAAUAAUAAUAAUAAAUGUAAUGACCCGGCAGUCUACGCUAACUAAGAGGUCUUAUUUUGCUGUUGGGACGCAGAGGUGUUGAGCAGCAUGGGGCAGGCGAAGACUCAAAGAGAGCUUUUUUGAAAAAGCAUCAGAAUAGUAUUCUACUCACAGUUCAUUGUUGAAUUUAAUGUAGCAUCAAGUCUGUUCUGCUGCACACAACUUGGCUAUCCUAUUGUUGUCUUCGAAUAGUUAAAAAGAAAAUCCAAACACUGCUCUUUUGAGACAUAUUUACCAGUGAUGUAAUCAAGACCAAAAUUUUGAGACCAAGACCGAGACCAGUAUAUAUGCAAACUACAUAGAAAGCAAUAUUCAGUGGCUCAUAGGCUUCACAAUUGCUUCAAUAAUUAUAUUCUCAUGUUUUCAUUUGCAAAUAUAGGACUGUGCUUCUAAAAUCACUGAAUCUUUCACAUCAGAUUUUUAGAAAUAAUAAAAGCAAUAAAAUGCAUUAACUUUAAAAAAUAUAAUAACAUAAGUACAUAAGAAAGUUUACAAAUGAGAGGAGGCCAUUCGGCCUCUCCUAUAGUUGGUGCCUUGACAAACUGCGUUAGGAAGCAGUCAUUUGUCAUUUCCACCAUUUCAAUUUCGUCCGUCGUGCUCCCCACCUGGUUUUCCCAUUUUAUAUGGGGGAAGUUGAAAUCCCCCAUUAGAUUAUUUUGCUUGGCAUCUGAAUUUGGCGGUCUAUAGCAUGCUCCUAUUAUUAUGCCCUUUGAAUUUUUGUCCAUUAUUUUGACCCAUAUUGAUUUGGCGUUGUUUUCUUCGUCCAGAUUUAACACCUGGGCUUCAAGACUAUUUCUUGUGUAUAGCACUACCCCUCCGCCUCUUCUGUCCUGCCUGUCUUUCCUAUACAGUGUGUACCCACUACUAUUAUAUUGGUCUCCAUCACUCUGACAACCAAGUUUCAGUAGCACCUGUCACAUCGUAGUUACUUGUUAGUGCAGUAGCUUCAAGUUCUAACAUAUUGUUUGACACUUCUAGCAUUUAGAUAAAUACAUUUAAUGAAUGUCUUACCUGAGGUGUUGCCCUUUUUUUUGAUGUGGUCUCCCUUCUGUUUUUUUGUUUUCUCCCUUCCUUUCUAGUUUAAAUGCUUCUGAACCUCCUCAAGGAUCCUUUCUCUGAGUAGAUUGGUUCCCUUUUUGUUUAAGUGCAGUCCGUCCCACCUAUGUAGAUAGUCCUUGUUGUAGAAUGUGCUCCAAAGUUCAAAAAAGGUGAAGCCUUCCUGUGUGCACCACGAUUUCAGCCAUGCAUUUUGAUUAUGUAUUUCCAGCUGUCUGUAUGCUCCUUUGCAAGGUGCCGGCAGUAUCCCAGAAAAUACCAGUUUUGGUCUUGUCUUUCAAUUUCCUUCCUAGCUCUCUGAAUUUGUUUUGCAGGGAUCUUGGCCUGUCUUCCAAUGUUGUUUGUACCGAUGUGGAUGACUACUACCGGGUCGUCUCCUGUUUGUUCUAGAAGCUGUAUAUAUUAUUAUAAUGAAUAUAAGCAUGAUAUAAAAUGAAGCAUAGGCUGAAGAAUUGAGUCUACUUCUUGAUGCCUUUUUCACAGCAGAUUAGCAGAAGACACUGGUAUAACCAGAUUACAGUACUGUAUUGUGUACAUAUACAGUACUGUGCAAAAGUUUUAGGCAGGUGUGAAAAAA